AUGCAGCUCGUCAACGCAAAGAAGAUCCACAAGAUCGAGGACCUCGGCGAGGACUCGGUCCAGCUCCUGCCCACCGACCCCGAGGACAUGUGGCACGCCAACAACCUCAUCUCCCCCGAAGACAUCGUCCGCGCCCACGCCAUCCGCAAGGUCGCAAAGGAAUCUGCCACGGGCUCCUCCGCCACCGAGCGCGUCCACACCGACCUCACCAUCGCCGUCACCUCCUCCUUCUUCGACCCCGCCGCCUCCUCCCUGCACGUCAGCGGCCGCGUCGCCACCGACAAUGCCUUUGUCAGCCGCGGCCAGUACCACACCCUCGACCUCGAGCUCAACAGGCCCUUCACCCUGUGGAAGAAGCACGGCUGGGACUCGGUUGCCGUCCAGACCCUGCGCGACGCCCUCAACCAGGACAGGGACGGCGCCAUCGCUGCGGUUGUCAUGCACGAGGGCAUCGCCAACAUCUGCCUGAUCACCGAGUACCAGACCCUGAUCAAGUCGCGCGUCCAGAGCCCCCUCUCCCGCAAGGCCUCCGCCUCCACCAAGGACGACAAGGGCAUGCGCAGAUUCUUCGACAAGACCCUCGCCUCGCUGCUGCGCGCCAUCGACUUCUCCCAACCCCGACCCCUCCUGAUCGCAAGCCCCGGCUUCGUCGCAAACAACUUCCGCCAGUUUGUGCUGGACGAGGGCGCGCGGCUGGCCGAUAAGAAGCUUCUGGCCCUGGCCCGGAACGCCGUCAUCACCCACGCGAGCAGCGGCAACGUCUACUCGCUCAACGAGAUCCUCAAGAGCAAGGAGGUGCUGGGCCUCAUGAAGGAGCGCAAGUCGGCCUCGGAGACCAAGUUCCUGGAUGAGCUCGGCGAGCGGCUACGCAAGGACGACGGCAGGGCGUGGUACGGCAUCCGGCCCGUCCACAAGGCCGUCAUGGAGGGAGCCGUCGGCCGUGGCGGUGGCGUCCUCCUCGUCAACAACGACCUCUUUCGGAGCAACGACAUCGCGACGAGGAAGCGGUACGUCGCCAUGGUCGACAAGGUCAAAGAGGACGGCGGUGAGGCCAGGGUGCUGAGCAGCGAUCACGAGAGUGGGCAGAGGCUUGGGAGCCUGGGCGGCAUUGCCGCUAUCCUGACAUACCCCAUGCACGACCUGGAUGAGUCGGAUGACGAAGGGGGAGAUGGUGGGCCACAGGACGGCGACAUGAUCAUAUGA